AUGCCGUCCACUCCGAAGCCCGAGCUCUUCUCGUCGGUGCCGCUAGGCUCGCAGAACCAGGUGCUCUCGCUGUCGGUCGCCGUCACCGUAGCGCCGGUCCUCUCCGAGCCGCCCAUCUUCUUCUCGGUGUCCGUCUCAACGCCCAACCAGAUCUGGGCCGUCCGGCGGCGGUACAGCGAGUUCCACCGCCUCGCCGACACGCUCAGCUCGCACCGCGGCCUCCCGCCCAAGUUCCCGCCGCCUGGCCGGCACGUGCCGUCGCUGGUCGAGCGGGCGGGCGGGCUGGCCGAGUGGGCGACCGCCGUGCUCAAGACGCAGGGCGGCCACGAGGCGGUGGUCCAGUUCUUCGAGCUGGACACGCCCUUCCGAGAGCCGCCGUCCACCUUUGCGUCGCCGGUGCGCACGCCAAAGGCUGCGCCGCCGCCGAUCAAAGCGACGCCGUUGGCGGAGUCGAGCACCGACAUGGUCACCCUCGCCACGUGCCUCGUCAUCGUGGCCUACGUGGCCGUCCACUCCACGCUCCUCUCCGGCGGCGGCGAGCCCGACGAGGUGGUGCAGGCGGGCGGGUCCUGGCCGGGCGAGGGCUGGCUCUCGCUCAAGCACGACCUCGGCUGCGUCGCCCGCGCGGCGUUGGCGCACGUCCUCUACGCGCAGUCGCUACUCAACAGCUGGCGCGCCGAGGCCGCGCUCCACGACGCCUCGUCCGGCAUGAUGUCGGCGUUCAGCCUCGACGCCUGA